GCAUCCAAGUGGCACGUGUGCGUGUCACUACCCCCCAUCGAGUCACUAUCCCACUUCAACUUAUCCUUCCGUCUGUUGUUCUCAUCAUCGACACCUGAAUCCCUUCUGAUCGAUAACAAUGUCCUCUAAACCACCAAUCGGGCUAGAUUCCAUCAGCGCCUUAGCCUUUCACAUCAUCGUCUCCAAACUCACCCCUUGUGAGGCUGCAGCUGUCGCAUGCGUCAGCAAACGCUUCAAAGGUUGGGCCUCCGAUGACUCUCUCUGGUCACUUUUCUGUUCUCAACAACUCGGUCUCUCUUCGCCUGUUGAUCCUCUCGGCAAUCCCUCUGCUUCUUUUAAGGCUGCUUACGGAGCAUGGAGAGAAGCAUACAGUAUGUACCCAUGGCCUUUAGUUCUACGAGUGAAAAACGUUUGGGACCGAAUCAAAAACUGGUUGAGCGGUAAUUUCCCGGAGGCGUUACCCACUCUUCGUAAGGGUGCAUCUGAAGCUGAACUAAACGAGUUAGAAAAGUCUUUGAAAGUCAAACUACCUCUUCCUACUCGAGUUCUUUAUCGCUUUUGUGACGGUCAAGAACUGUGCAGUGAUGUAUCAAACACAACAGCAUCAAGAAAUCUAUGUGGGUUGAUCGGAGGUUACUCUUACUACAACUAUCUUGUUAACGUUUACUUGUUGCCACUAAACGGUAUAAUCAAAGAGACGAGAGAGAUGGCACGCCUACUUAAAUCGACCAGACCUAACUAUAUCGUAACGGCGGUUUCCGAUUACACCGAGAAGAUGUUUUUUCUUGAUUGUGAGGCUGGUCAACUCUACGUUGGCACCAAGAAUCUUAUAACAAGACGAGAAAUGAUGCCGUGUGUACCAAAUGAGUUAAUAACUACGGUGCAUGAUUCAAGAAGCGGGUCGCAGCAAGAUGCUAUGCUGUUAUGGUUGGAAGAACAUGCCCGCCGCCUCGAAAACGGGAUUAUAAAGUUACGUGAGGAAGGAAAUCUUCGAAGCAUCAGUUUGUUCCCCGAAGAACCUCCGCUGUGUUCUGUAGCUACAACAUGCGGUGUUCAGGUUCGAGCGUCUGCUGUAUUUGUACCUGAAUUCAGUGACCUUAUGCAAGAAGCUGAGAAAUAUAUGUUUGCAUACUCGAUCCGUAUGUCGCUUAAACCCGAGGGAUGUUUUGUCCACGGUAUGUCCUUUGAAUCGUGCCAGCUGUACUGGAGGCAUUGGAUUAUCAAAUCCAAUGAUAACGUUGUGGAUGACGUCAAUGGUGAAGCGGUGAUAGGCCAGUUUCCAUUGUUACGUCCAGGGAAGAAAGAGUUCGUUUACGAAAGUUGCACACCUUGUCAUGCUGCACCUGGAUCGAUCGAGGGUUCUUUCACGUUUAUCCCGGGCAGAUUGGCAGAUCCAAAAGGAGGCCCCUUUGAGGUUGAAGUUGCUAAAUUUCCUCUGGUUUUGCCAGAUUACAUCUUCUGAUGUAACUGUUCUGUUCUCCAUAGUCACUGUCUUGCCAUAAAACUGUUUGUUUGUUUGUUUGUUUGCAUGUUUGUUCUUUUUCUGUCUUCGAGUUUUUAUCAAGGAUGUUGAUAUAUCUCGUGUAAUAACAAGGCGUCUCUUGCUUGUGUGCUAAGACGGACGUACAACCCAAAAUCUUGAAACGCCCAUGUCUAGUCAGGUGUCACGUCAGAUUUCUGCU